ACUUUGGUGCAUUGUAUACACACCGGUCUCUCAAAUAUUGACAGUAAAACCGGUGUACACAACGUACUUUGGUGUAAUAUCCAGACUUUCGCUUACAGUAAAAAAUGAAUGAUCUAUAUAUAGAUAUUGGGAUUUCCAAACUAUGAUUUCUAAAGAGUUUGAUAAAGAAUGUGUUUCAUAAGAUGAGUGUCUUAAUACCUAUACAGGAGUACGUUCACGUGUUCGGUAAUUUCGAUGUGUACCCUCGUGUAUACCACUUUCAUCGGCGGUAUAAAGAUCUCGUACCAAGAUUCACCAGAGUGACAGGUGCCCUACCAAAAUGUUUCCAUGAUGACAAGUUGAUGAGAGAAAUUGAACAAACAAAACAUGAAUUCGAAGGUGGGCUUAAACUAUCAGUGAUCGGGAAGAGGGACAUAGAUAAAGAUGAUCUCGUAUUCAAUCCUGUUUCGAAGUUACCAGAUUCCCCUGUACAUAGACUUGGAAUUGUCAUACUUCAUAUAGACCUAGAACAUUUAACUGAGAGAUACUUUCAGGAAAUAAGAUCCAAAUUCAAAGCUUUAACCUUUGAUGCCAAAAAGGCAGAGCGUAAGAUCUUUGUGUACAUCUGCUGUGCUACGACCAGAGUUUUAACAAAUGAAGAUAUCACUAGAUUUCAAGAUUCUGUUUUUGCUGCACUUUAUGGUGAUUUGGAAAAGUAUUUCAAUGAGCAAGAUAGUAUUUUUAUUAACCCAAUUGCCUGCGACCUGAAAACAACUAUUUCUGAUACACUGGAAAAAUAUCUUGCUAGUGGAUUCAUUAAUAUAUAUUACCAUCUGAAACGAUUUGAACCAAUAAACGUUGACGUUUGUUUGGAACCUAUUCAUGUGUUUGAGACAGAAUCGGUUGUUUGUUCUCUAAAAGACUUCUUGCGAAAUGCAAGAGCUUAUGUUGAAGUUACAAUAAAUACAGAUGAAAAGGAAAAGGCGUGCACCGAGAUAUAUGAUCGUCUUCUGAAGUCUUUGUGUCAUGUGGCUCGCUGUUCUGUUGUCAACCUUUUUGCAAGGAAAUAUGGUCUGCAAGUAUGGAUUUGUAACGGUCUACUGUAUGAAGUGCAAUUAGAAGAAGCACUAUCAAACGCAAUCUCAAAAAACACGCAACAUCAUAUUAGAUCAUUGGUUGAGUAUGUGUAUGAAGCAUUACUCGAUGGUACCGUAUACUCAAAAAAGACAAAAAAGUUUGAUUUUCUUUAUUAUGCUUUUAAAUCAGACGUAGAGCCUGUCACAGCAAAUGUUGAGAAAAAGCUCCAAUCAAUGCAAAAGCUAUCAACUAUCAUUCGAAAAAUGGCGUUUGAAGCUCAUGGAUAUUUGAAACAACUAAAUGUUGCAAAUUUAGUGUCAUUUGCUGAGCAACAGCAAUCAAUACCUAAAGAACUUAGGCAAGAUUUAUUAAAUCUAAAAGGGGUUUAUGGCCUAGGUACCGUUUAUGGCCAGCUAGAGAUUCAUGUGGAUAAAGAUGCAGUUUUGGUAAGCAAAAGUGAUGAUGUCAAACAAGAUGAAAACAAUGCAAUUGUCGCUGAAACUGACGAUAUUCAUCUCACAUCACUGGCAGAUUUACCACAAGAAAAACUAUCAAACAAAUUAAAACAAUUGAGGUCAGACAUAUCUUUACAGAUGCACAAACAUGAUUUUAAGGAGCAGUUUGUAAUGAGGUACAUUGAAAAGAAACAUAAGGAAAUGGGUCUUUCCUUUGAACCAGGGGAUCGUCUAUUUCAACGAGAUAAAGGGAAAUUCGGGACACUUGGUGGAUUUAUAAUAUCAAAGGAUGGAAAAGUCCAUGGUCUAACAUGUGCCCACGUCGUUGGUGAAAAAACGUUCAUAGAUAAAGAUGGCCCAUGUCCAUUCAGUUCCUCUCCAAAAGUAAUAAAUCGUCAAAAUAGUGAACUUAAACAUGUAGAUAUUGCUGCUUUGGAAGUGAUUCCGAAGUCACAAGAGCUAUGCAAACAAACGUUGAAGGAAUGUAAUGAGUGUAUAACUAUGGCCACUGUUUCUGACGAGUACCCGAAAAUGAUUGUUGGAAUCCCUGCUUUUAAGUAUGGAGCAGCAAGUGGUUUCACUAAAGGAUUUAUCGUUUCAGUUGACUACAGUAUAUUUGAAGUGGAAACUGAAGAUUAUUUGAUUAUGAUAGACAUUCAACCUGACCUUCCAGCUGACUUUCAGGAAACGUUUGACCCUAUUACUUGUAUAAAUGAUCAAUCAUCGCCUCAAACCCAAUCAUCCUUACCAGAUCGUGAAGACCAAAUUAUGUCAAAUGACAGAGAUGCCUUUGACGAAAAAAUGCCAGAAAUAGCCAAAACGGUCAGAUUGCCAUAUAACCAUGGUGAAAACACACCAGACGAUAUUAGUUUUCAAGAAUCAGCAAUCAUAACAGCUGAGAGUAAUGAUCAAUGCACACCAACUGUAACAAUUUAUGCACGUGAAGAUAACCGUAUACAUUUGAAUGGUGCAAAUAUAAAAGCGCUAGAAGAUAUGCAAUGUUGCGGUCUUAACACUGAUGAAACCGCGCACGGAAAUGUUGUGCCUAGAAAUACCAUAGUUUAUGUCCGAAAUCUUGAAAGCAGUCGGACAACUGUCACAAACAGAGGCACUUCUGAUGAGGUAUUUUCGAAGAGGGGAGAUAGUGGGUCAAUUAUUUGCUUAAUUGAAUCGACUCAUACUGAUAUUAGGCAUAAAGCGCUGUCAAUGUUGUUUGCUGGGGACUUAAAGAUUGAGGGUGAUGAAAGUUUGAAAUGUUUGUCUUUCAAAUUGAACGUCGGCUUUCAGAUGCUGAAGCAAAUCCACAAGUUAGAUUUCUGAAAUAUAUACUGUUGUGGUCGCACUAAGAUCGUAUUAACACAGACAUUAUGGUUACAUUUCUGAAAUCAUGUAGAUAAACUGUUUUAAUUGUAUGCUUAUCAGAAAAACCUUGGGUUUUAUUCUGCGAAAUGAAAUCAAGCGUGAGCGUAGCUGCUUUUGUGUACCUUUCAAUAAUAAUGACUAAAUUGAUUGUAUGUAAAAAUUAACUGUUUUAUUUUUUCUCACGGAUAAUUUUUUCAUUCAAACUUUAUUACUUCAUUGAAACUGUAAUCACUGAUGUCUUUCAAAUUAUCUUUUUCUCGAAACUUUCGCACAGCCGUGAUCAGUCUGGUGUCAUGUUCCUAAAGUAAGCUGUGAUACUUUAUUUAGUUGUAAAGCAUAAAAUAAUUUGUUUUUCGUGAAUAUGCUGUAUAUCUGACAUCGAAAUGAAUCAAAAUCUUCAGUUUUCAGUAGAUUUUUUUUUCACAAUAAAACCUACUGUAACAGAUAGGAUGAGUUUCUUAUACAUACUGCAAUACUAUUUGCAAAAGCUGUUUGAAGUGUGUCAUUUAGAAAAAUGUCGCUGUUUUAACGUACGCUAUUUAUUACUACUACAAUAUUAUAUAACAAUUUGCAGUAUUGUGAUUUGCACAUGCACAGUAUUUAGAUUAAACUUAAAUAGUGAACAUAAUCGACAAAAAGCAUCACUACUAUCGCCAAAGGAUGCUAUAUAUGUUAUAUUGUUUUAACAAUAUGUUUCGUUAAUAUUUAUCAUUUAUCAUCACAAAACGGUUGAUUCCUUGUCUGAUAAAAUGCUUGAAAAAAUAUUAUAUAAUAUUAUGUAUAAUGUUUUAACAUUUUAUCAGUAUUAAGCAAUGAAAAUAACUACUCUUACAUUUUAUUAACAUGCACAUUUUUGUAAUGUUGCUUUUGACCUUUAUCAUUACAUUUUGUCGUUGCAUUUUAUACAUACAUUUCAUAUAUGAGGAUUUCAUUUUGAUAAAAAGUAUACAAGUUUGGAACCUUUAUCAUUACAUUUUUUCGUUGCAUUAUUAUACAUACAUUUCAUGUACGAGAUGAGGAUCUCAUUUUAUAAAAAUAUAUUAUUGUAAUGUUGCUUUUGACCUUAAUCAUUACCAUUUCUUUUCAAUCCAUGUUUAUACAUGUAUACAUUUCAUAUAUGAUAAUCUCAAUCAAUACCAACAUUUAUAAUAUCAUAACACUUAAGUGACAUCAUGCUCAUUCUUUCACUGUCAAACUGAGAUAGAUUAGUUAUGUAUUUGAGAAUAUUGACUAUUAUAAUGGCGACUGAACAAUAAUUGAUAAUGACAAAUGUUUAGUAUGAAAUAUUUAAACAGCCUUUAAUAUAAAAAGAAUGUCCCACUCUUUUUAUAAAUUAAACAUUAAUACCGAUAAAUUCGAAAGAAAGUUUUUAGAUUUUUGUGUAGUUCAUAGUGGUUGUUUUUUAUUCAGGUGACGUUCAUGACGACAUUGAAAACAAAUAUAACAAAAUGUAAAGGUAUUUUGAAUUUCAUCUCAACACUCGUCUGGGCAUAAUGUCGGUUUAUAUAUAUAAUGUACAAAAUCGUUUUCCUCUGAUAUUUUUCAAUCGAACUUAAACACUGUUUUAACCUUUAAACGGAGUAUACUCACAAAGAAGAAUAAAAGAAGUUGAAAUGAUAGUGAAGUUAAGAAAGGCAGAUAUAUAGGCAGAUAUUUAUGAAUGGGGAUAACAUAUUUCAUCUCAACACAUUGAUAAAACACAUUUAGUGAAGAUACUUAAUACUAUAAUAGAGGAAUGCUAAACUUGCUCAGUCUGUACUUUUGGAAUGUUUUUUUUCCCCUCAUUUUCUGUAGAAAUAAAUAUAAGUAAUA